AUGUUUCCCUUAUCAUUUCUAAUCAUUAUUUUAAUCAUAUACUAUUUGAUUGUAUACUAUAAAAACGUGAGCCGAUUGCCAAAAGGACCAACACCAUUGCCGUUGAUUGGAAAUGCUUUACAAAUUGAUGCUGGUGAAAUCAAUAAAUCGUUGGCAAACUUCUCGAAAACUUACGGUGAUGUGUUCACCGUUUAUAUUCCUCGCCCAGUUGUGUUCAUCAUGAAUUAUGAUUUGAUUAAAGAUGCAUUCACGACAAGAGGUGAUGAUUUCAUCGGUCGAUCGGGAAUGUUCCCCGAUACUCUCUUUCAAAGUACUCCAAACGGAGGCGUCAUCUUUUCGGAGGGGAUCAAAUGGAAAGAGAAUCGACGAAUCUCUCUUCAAAUCCUUCGCGAUUUUGGUAUGGGCAAAAAUUUGAUGGAGGAACUAGUAAAAGAUUGUUUUUUUGAUAUGGAUAAGUACAUUCGAGAGAUGCCAAACAGGAAAAAUGGUGUCAACUUGAGGAUGCCAUUACAGGUGAAA